UCUUUGGGUUCAUUGUGCUCUGCUUUAGAAAUAAAUAGCGCUAAAGUUUGAUUGUUGACAAAAUUAGCUAAAUUAGCUAAAUUUAGCAUUAAAUUAUCUAAAUUGAAUAAUCAAAACUUUAUUGACAUUCAUGCCUUUUAUUUAAAAAACCAAACUACCAAAUGGGGGGACAGUUAAGUGCUGCGAAUAAACAUUCACAACAUGUGAAAUCGUCUUUUACCGUUAACCGGGCCCACGUUCAGGUACAACCGCUCUUAAAGAGCCGAGUACUGAUCAUUCGGCAGGUUUCAAAACUGAGCGGAGGAGCUCAUGUAAGGUGCAUAAAAACUGCAAACUUUGGCCCAAAAAAUAUUCUCAUCAAGGAAGAAAUCUAUAGAAAAAUGGAAUGGAGACUUUUAGGAGACUUGGAAAAACAAAGUUCACAUUUAUUUUACUCAUCCUCGCGACCAUUCCUUACUCAGACGGGGCUUCCAUUGAGUUUCAAGAUACAUCAGUCAACCAUUGGAAAUUCAUGAUAGGAGCGAAUGAUAAUGAAUUCUUGUAUGACUUCUGCCAGUACAACGCCUCUUCCACUGGCGUUCGCUGCAAAAAUUUUCCAAAAGUAGCUUCGAUAGAAAUGGAUGAAAAGUGCAGAUGCUCCAUACAAAGGACCACUGACAUUGAAAAAGCAGGCGGCUUUUUCCGUUUUAGCGUCAGCUGCGAAAAUACCUCAAGUUCGUGUCCAAAGAAACUGAGCCUAAUCUAUGAGCAAGGCUCCACCAAGGAAUCAGCAGACACGAUUCAUGUUGAUGUUUUAAUAUUCAACUGUUUGCUUGCUUUUUCAACAAGUGCGUUUUUCAUCUUCAUAGUACUAGGAGGGAGGCAGAUAUUCUUCAAAAGGUCUAAUACUGGCCAAUCUCCGCGAAAACAUCAAGAAUCAAGCCCCCUUAAGAACGAAGUUCCGGAAAUUAUCAUCGGUAAGUCCAGCAACAGUAACACGACGUCUGAAUUUCCUAAUCCAGAAUGGGAAAAAAACAUUUUUUCCAAAAGGAACGACCUGACGCGAAAAAAGGAACACGUGAGAAAAUAUCCUUUUGAAGUGGAGAAUGUUAUAAAAACGUGGGAGCUAGUACUAAAGCAAGAAUAUACCAAUCGUGAGGGUUUGGUGCCACGAAAAGAGCCAGAUUAUUGGUCGGAAACGGAUCACGUUUGUCUCGACUUCUAUUUGAUGCUGAAAAGUGAUCCUACGAAGGUGGAUGACAGAGGGAAAACUUGUCUGCAUUGCGCUGCACAGUACGGUCAUUUGGAGCUCGUCGGCGAUUUGCUCAAAUCAGGCACCGAGGUCGAUUUAAAAGACAAAAAAGGAUGGACUGCUCUGCAUUACGCUGCUAGAUAUAAUCAAGUACCAGAGAUUGUUGAAAUGCUGCUCGACCACGGUGCCGACGUGAAUUUGUGUGACAAAUACGGGCGUACAGCUCUGUCCAUCGUAGCUUCAGAUAAUCCAGUUCCUAAAUUGUUUGAAAAGCUUCUCGACAAAGGUGCAGACCUGAAUUUUGAAAACGUAGUCGGAAUGACCCCCCUGCACCUCGUCGCAAGAAGACGCAAUCCUGCAUUGCUGCAAAAUCUAAUAGACCACGGUGCAGAGGUCAAUUUGCAAAAUCGGAUUGGAUGGUCGGCCCUGCAUUUCGCCGCGGAAAAAGGUCUUCACGAAAUGGUGCAAAAGCUGCUCGACAACCACGCAGACGUAAAUUUGCAGAGACAAGAUGGAUGGACGGCAUUGCACAUCACCACUUUAAUGGGAUUUCCAGAACUAACAAAAAAAUUGCUAGAAAACGGCGCUGACGUAAAUGUGCAGAAUAAAAAUGGAUGGACCGCUCUGCACAUCGCCACAAAUAAAAACAAUAAAUUGAUGGUUCAAUUGCUGCUCGACCACGGAGCCGACGUCAAUUUGCAAACAAAUUGCGGUCAAACCGCUUUUCAACUUGCUGUGAAGAGAAACCAUCUAGAAUUGGCAAAAUUACUGUUACGGCGUCAAAACGGAAGUAUCAACAUGCCUUUGCUUCGCUUUAAAAACGUGAUGACCAAAAUGAUUAAAAGUACAGGCAAAAAUUUUAAAAAAUAGAAUUGGGUGCUGUUCCCCCUUAAUUGCUUUGAAGUCUUUUUGUGUAUAAUUUUCUGAUUAAUUAUUCUUUGUUUAAACAUAACCCGAUGGGCCUGCAAAAGAGGCCAAGUCGAGAAAUGUCGCCUGGACAAAUUCAGGGCCCCAGUCCUCCCUCCUCACGUCCUCACUGCGAUUUUUUCCUGUUAUUGCUCUUGUUAAAUUUAUUUUAUUAUUAUUUAUUUAUUUGUUUGUUAUUUAAUUUGACUAGAAUAAAGAAUAAUAAUUUAUUGCAAAA